CUUGUUCGAACGCGUCCAUUUACGUCUCUCUGCCUCGCUAUUCGCGUGCGCCACGGCGAGCUCGACGUUGUACCAUGCCUCAGCCAGCACGACCGUUGGCGAACCUCUUUGUGUCCUCGUCAGACUACCUGAACCAUCCUGGCCAAGUUCUAACUCCCAGAACACCACAUACGCGUUCUGGACGAGCAGAAGAAGGCCGCAACGAGGGCGAGCGUUAUGAAAUGGUUCAAGACGAAGAAGAAGAUGAUCCAUUCUUUUCAACUCCUGGUCGCUCGCCGCCCCGGGGAUACCGGAGUCGAGGGGAUGAUCAUGACAUCAUGAAAAAUCGAGCAGCAAGGGUUACGGAGAAGAAGUUCGUGCAGCGCUACAUGUUUCUCGCCGCCUUCAUCAUGGUCAGCUGCAUUUUGGGGGUGAUCUACAUGACCUGGGACCGGGCUGAAGAGGUAAGCCACACCGCGGACCGCUCAACAUCGCAUCAAGUCUCGUCCGUUCCUUCCGCUGGUCCGAAUGUACCCAGCAGUCGCAUAAUUUCUUAUGAGAACUACACGGACUUCCCGCUCACGAGUGCGGAUUACCGCCAUGAGUGCUACAAGCUGUCGAACUUCAUAGAAAGGAAAAAGUACUGGGCUCAGCCGCGGAACGGCCCAAUCGACGUCGCGCACAAGGACGAGAAGCCUGGCGCUGGACGGUCGAAGAUAUGUUCACGCACUAUCACAUAUAUGCUGGAUGGACAUGUAGGUCUGUCGACAGAUCUAGCGCUGAUGGCUCAGGUAGCCGGGCUAGCUCGGGAGCGUGGUAGCACGUUAUUUGUUGACGACACCUACUGGAAUCGUGGGCUGUGGAUGGAUUACUUUGAAGACGUUCGUAUUACUCAACCGGGUCCGGAGCCAGGCUGCAUGCCACCUCCACCUGAAGAACUAGUCGCAUGCCCUCGUAGUGCCAGACACUGGGUCGUGAGCUCAAGAACAGCAGCAUUUCACUUUGGUGACAAGUUCGUGGAGACAUUCGAAGACAAAGCUGCCGAUGGUAUCAAUAGCCAAAGACCAAUCUUUAAUCGUGCAACGUAUUCGCUCACGCACACAAUUCGGCCAAACGCGCAUACAGCUGCGUUAAUUCGCGCAGCGCGCUUGGAGAUCGCCUCCGUUCUCUCGCUACCCUCUGGUGAUGAUCAUCAUGCGGGACAUAACCCUGAGCCUGAGCCCUACAUCGGCGUACACCUCCGGCGCGGCGAGCGAACGAUGCAAUCUGACAUGUACAACCAGCCGUACCUGCCUACAUCCAACUAUGCUCGAGCCGUACGCAACACUUGGACCCGACUUUACCCAGACUCGCCCUUGCCCUCGACAUCUGCAUCCCAACAUCCUGACAGCGAGCUGGGACCGCUGCACUUUCCCGCACCUCCGAUCACAUACAUCGCAACUGAUUCGCCGGAGGCACUACGCGAGUAUGUUACGGAGUUCCCGCCUGCAACGGCGGUAUUUGCGCUGGAUUUGAGCACAAAACCUGCACUACGUGCGAUUGCGCCAGAGAGGGAUUAUGUCCAGGAGCAAUUUGCGCAGGAGCCUGAUGAGCAGAGGGCGGCGAUGACAAGGGGCAUGCUGGUUGAUUUGGCACUCGUCAGCGGCUUGUGGGCAGUCGAAGGAGAGGUGGUCCCUGGUGCUGUGAUUUGUACAAUAAGUUCGAAUACAUGCAAGCUCUCCGCAUUUGGCCUUGGAUGGCAUCGCGCGUUCGGCUUGGAUGAUGGUGGUGACCAUUCCAACGGCAUCGUCAAUCAUGCAAGGCGACGGUGGGUUGAGAUUGAGUACGGACACGACUUCACGACUUCCCGGUGGAGAGCAUUCGAGAUACCUGCUUGACAUUUUGAACGGCGUACUGAUGGUAGAAGUCCCUUGGGACGGCGAAGGAGUGAUCUAGGGCACUGUGACGGGUGAAGGUUGUAUCACUGCUCCAGACUGUAGUAUUGCCUCUGCCUCAUUGACGUAUGCUUCUAUAUACCAAUAUCUAGAUCUUCUCAUGUUCGACUUGCAUUUUUUGGCGUG